AACGGCUCAAAGUAAAUACCCGGAUGUACCGUGAGGAAUGUACGUCAUUGUUCACCGCCGGACGCCCGCUGGAUAAGGGGAUGGACAGAAACAGCUACAAUAACUGAUAGAUUUGCAAAAAUAACAGCAAUGAACGAUGACCAUAGUUGACAAACCAUCAGAGAAGUCUGACCCUGAGUCAGAUCGGCCCAAGCGCUCUGGUUCAUUAACCCCAUUCACCUCUGGAGAUAUGGAUGGCAGCUCUACCAGCUGGGGCAUUGGAUCCUCACCCUCUGACACCCCAAAAACCAAAACCUCCUAUGUGGGCCCCACCCCUGGUGCUGCUGUGUACAGCAACAGUGUAACUGUCACGGGAGAGAGGCCCAAGGAGCAAAUGGUGAUGACCAGUGGAGAUGGCAUCGCUGUCCCCCAGAAAGUUCUUUUUCCGGCAGAGCGACUCAAUCUAAAAUGGAACCAAGUCCACCGUGUUGGAGCUGGACUCCAGAACCUCGGCAACACUUGCUUCCUCAACUCUGCCCUCCAGUGUCUCACUUACACACCCCCCCUCGCCAACUACCUGCUGUCCCGGGAGCAUUCAAAGACAUGUCAUGAGCCUGGAUUCUGUAUGAUGUGCACCAUGCAGAAUCACAUCACCCAGGUCUUCGCUAACUCUGGAAAUGUCAUCAAACCCAUUGGUGUUCUUAAUGAACUAAAACGGAUUGCAACACAUUUUCGCUUUGGGAGCCAAGAGGAUGCCCAUGAGUUCCUCCGGUACACAGUGGAAGCUAUGCAAAAGUCUUGCCUGUCUGGAAACAAAUUGGACAGGCAUACACAGGCAACAACACUAAUACAUCAAGUCUUUGGAGGCUACCUAAGGUCUAGAGUAAAAUGUAUGAACUGCAAAGCUGUGUCUGACACGUAUGAUCCAUACUUGGAUGUUGCCUUGGAAAUUAAGACUGCACAGAACAUCACCAAAGCUCUAGAACAGUUUGUGAAACCUGAACAACUAGAUGGAGAGAAUGCCUACAAGUGUACCAAGUGCAAGAAAAUGGUUCCAGCCUCAAAAAGAUUUACGAUUCACCGAAGCUCCAACGUGUUGACCCUUUCACUCAGUCGUUUUGCAAACUACAAUGGAGCGAAAAUCGCGAAGGAUGUGAGGUAUCCCGAGUGCCUGGACAUGCGGCCCUUUAUGUCGCAGUCUCACGGGGAACCCCUGGUCUACCUCCUGUACGCUGUGCUGGUUCACUCCGGCUUCAGCUGCCACGCUGGACACUACUAUUGCUUUGUGAAGGCCAGCAAUGGCCAGUGGUAUGAGAUGAACGACGCCUCAGUGUCUGUCAGUGAUGUUCGAUCUGUCCUCAACCAGCAAGCUUACGUUCUCUUUUACAUCAGGUCGCCAGAUGCGAAAAACGGGUGGGACUACAACCACUCCGGCCGCGCUCCUGGCCAGUCCUCCCCACGGCCCAUCCUGAGCCCCCGCCCGGCUGGCCCCCGACACAUCUCCACCGGCUUCAUCGGGCCACAGCUCCCGGCUCACAUGAACAAGAAACCCCCUCACAUCAAUGGGAAUGGCUCCUUAAAGGAGCUGUCAUGUGGCUCCAAGCCUAGCAGCAGCAGCAGCAGCAGUAGCAGCAGUGUUGGCAGGGCGGGGCCCAGUCUCUCCUCCUGCUCCAGCGUUCCACAGCUCAUCAGCCGUCCCACUGGCAUCCCCGAGCCGGCCAAGAGGCAGAAGCUGUCCUUCCCCAUCGGUCAGGGGAAGACGGUCCGACCCCUGCAGGCCCAGCCCUCCCUUCAAAGCAACCCCAGCUGCUCUCAGUCACUUUCCUCUAUCUCGCACCCCCAGCCUUCCUCUUCAUCCGCCUCCUCGUCUUCCUCCUCCUCCUCCUCCUCCUCCACCCCCUCAAAGUCUACCUCAGAAAACCGGGCGGUGCUGGUGUCUCGCCCAGACGUCCCCCCUGUCCCCAGGCCCCCCCGUGUCAACGGCACGCCCCUCAACCACUGCGCCACUUUCCUGGUGCCCUACGGCCAGGAGUCCUCCGAGGAGUCCGACCAGGAGGGCGGUGUCCUGGAGAACGGUCUGGCCAAGCCCCGUCUCUCCCCUGCUGUGAACGGGAAGAACGGGGGCGGCUCCGCCUCCUACGGUCCCCCCGCCCGACCACAACCACAACCACAACCACAACCGCCCCCUCCCAGAACCAACGGCUCUGUGGCCCUGGAGGUGCUCGCGCAGGAGAGCGGGUCCGGACCUCCCAACGGCAUUCCCAAACCCAGCCAGAACGGGGUGCACCAGUCCAACGGCAUCAAACACUCAGAGCCGGCCUCCCCCAAAGUAUUUGGCACGGGCAGCGUUCAAACAACGUUUCACUCGACGUUUCAGACUGCAGGGAGCAGCACAGCCAGCCCUGCCGUAGAAACCCAGCCCAGAACAAACCUGUCUGUGGUCAGCAGGCCUAGCAAAGAGACGCCCCCAGCCCCCGCACACCCCUCCCAGGCGGACCAUCCUCUGGACCAGAACUCUGCUCUCAAAGACAUCCUCCUACAUUCCUCCGCCCCCAGCAAGCUACCCUCCACCCAGGACUCCAGGGCUCAGACUCAGCAACACGCUCCUCACUCUACCGGCAGCCCCGCGUCGGGCUCCAAGGCCCAGCCGGAGGGCAGCGAGGCCCGUAGAGACCCCAGCACCUCGUCUCACGGCUCUGCCUCUGCAGAGAGCCUCGGUUCCCCCACUGUGACCCACAGAGCGAACGUCUUCUUCGGCCCCGAGCCGGCCCCCGCUACAGCCCAUCCUCCCGCCACCGUCUCUCGUGAGAAGGACCCGGCCGACAGCGGGAAGAACACUUGGACGAGCGAGGCGAAGAGCGACGGGCAGGCGGAGCUCCGAGAGAACGGCUCCGGCAAGGCCGGCGGGAGAGACGGGCAGAGCACGCUGGAGAAGCAGAGGCACCCCUCCAGAGACGGCGACCACCUGCCCUUCUCCCCGGCCAAGGACCGGGGCAAGAGCCCGGAGAGGCACCGGUCGCGCCGGGACCGGGAGCGGAGCUGGGAGCGGGAGAGGAGCUGGGACCGGCACGCUCACAGACGCCAAAGAGAGCACCGCGGCCACCGCGACCGGUCGCGCAGCUGGGACCGGCACCACCGCGACCGGGAGGCCGAGCGCCGCUGGGACCGGCACAGCCACCGGUACCGCGACGGCCGGCACCGGGACCGGAGACGCCCGUCCCCCGACCCACCGCGCAGCCGCUGGAGGAGGCCCGAGGAGGCCCGGGAGAGGGGGCACCACAGACACUCGCCCUCAGACACGCCCCCGCCCGCCCGCGGCCACAGGGCCGACUCCGACAGGAAGCAGCACCACUGGGACAGGCAGUCGGAGGAGAGACGGGCCAAGAAACACAAAAAGUCCAAGAAGAAGAAGAAGACGAAAGACAAGGACCGGGAGCACUGGAGCCCAGACCCUGAGAACUCUGAGCGGAACCAGGACAGCAGUGCGUGGAAACACAAGAAGAAGAGGAAGAGAGGGCGUGAGGAGCUGGACUGUGAGAAAUCCCGUAGAGACAGCGACAGCGACCGGGCGAGUCACAAACGCCACUGCGACCGAGAGGAGCCGCGGCACUCUGAGAACGGCCUUUCCCACAAUGCACCUCACCUCAGCAUGCACACAGGUAACGGGCUGUCUCAGUCCAACGGGACUGCUUAUCCAGGCUGUGUGAAUGGUCUGGAGGGUGAGACAAGCCAGGGAGACACUAACUGCGGAGAGUCAGUGCUUUUUUACCAGGCUGGACAUUACAGGGAUGAAGCCUCCGCAGCAAGUGUGUCUAAGGCGUCCGUUUCUCUGGGAGCGUGUGGAGCGCCUGUGAGCGGUUUGUUCCACAGGGACCUGGCUCAUUAAUGAAAAUGAAAACGGGCAGUGGAGGAAAAGGUCUUCACUCUCAGUCCAGACCUGGAUGGGGAAAGAAGCCUUUCUUUAAGAACAGAGAAUUUCAACAGCGAAAGAAUGAGACCCUGGAUAUUGCAAGUGGUGCUUUAUUCAUCUGGAAUACCUUCUCUUUUUCCACAGAAGAGUUUUUAAUUCUUUUAUAUGCUCAAUUUUUUUUUUUUUUUUUAAUGUCACUCUUCGGUGGUGAAAACUAACAUGUUGGAAAUCUAAAGUAUAGAAUUUAAAUAUUUAAUUAAACAUAGUAAUAAAAGAAGGAGCCUGGAGCUUAACAUCUCAACUGCUGCUCUGUCAUAGACUCAGGACUUUCUCACGUUUAAAUGACUAUUUCACUUCUGAGGAUUAACGGAAAUAUUUAAGCUUUUUCAUAAGAGGAGCUAAACUGUAAUACUUUGUCAUUCAGCUGCAAGUUGUGAUGUCAGCAUAUCUGCAGAAUAUUGACUCAAAACCGCAGAUUGAACUGGCUGUAGUGUUGUGCGCCCCAAUGCCGCAGUUAUAAGCCUGGACAGACUUGAGAUCUUUUUUUUGACAUUCUUAUUUUCUCUAAAGCCUACGGUUCCAGUAGCCGCUCACUGGAAAGGAUCCAUUGGCGUUCAUUUCUCACCGAACAAGGAUUUCCAUUAAGAAAAAUCUAGUCAUUUAUCAUGUUUGCUCAUGAAACAGAAUGAUUUGCUUUAAAAAAAAAAAAAAUCACGUUGAGUUUCUCGCUUCCUAAGAAAAAUACUGUGAAUUUAAUUUGAACUGUACUAUCAGUUAUUUUUAUACAUAAACAGUCCUGUAUCAGGAAUACCAAUAGAUAUGUGUUUUUUCUGUUUUAAUAAAUUUCCUCCACAUAGUUCAGACUGUGUAUUAUGGACAUUGCUCAUGAAAAUGGGUAUGGGUUGUGUUUUUUUCUACUUCAAAAAGAAAACAAAUGGUGAAUGAAAUUCUACCCUAGGUUGUACUGUAGCAUGUAACAUUUAUAAAUUGUAAAAACAUAUAAAGAAAAAGCCUUAAAAAUACAUGUCAUUGUUUCUAAUUGUAAUUUUCUUUUCUCUGGAGUUAUCAUAUUAUCUGGGACAAAUGCUGAUGAAUAAACAUGUACAUUUUGAUGGGGGCGAUAUUUGCCUGUGUAAGACAUGGGAUAUUUCCCAGCACAGUGAGCCAGUUGGUAUAUGGUACUCCUGUGUAUGUGGUACACUUAAAUGAUAUCUGAUAAUGCUCAUCUGCAUUACUUCGUGAUUCGUUUUUUUCCUUUGUUUCAAAAAUGCGAAAAGGUGCAAAUUAUACUCUUCUUCCACUGUG